AUCUCAUUAUCUCCCUCAAACCCUCACUCAGUCGCUAUCUAGUCAAUACCGUCGAUACAAAACCCUUCUUUUCCCAAAUUCUCGAACCCCAGCCCGACACUUUCCAUUUCGAGAUACCCCGACUCGAUUCGCGCCCCAUUUUUUAUGAUGGUGAAAAGCAAUCCGAACCCGAAUCCGAAGGCGCUGGUCCAGAGGCGGGAAGAUGAGGACAAGGCGGCAGUGGCUGCUGGCGUUGGUGCUUCCGCCUCCCCUCGUGGGCCCAUGAUCAAGAUCGACGUCGUUCUCGGCCCUGGGAACGGGCCCCGCUACGAGCUCUUCCUCCCUGCCCAGUCCACUUUCGGGGAUAUGAAGAAACAUGUUGCACAGAAGACUAAUUUGGAGCCAGAGGCGCAGAGACUCUUUUUCAGGGGGAUGGAGAAGGCAGAUGAGGAGCAUCUGGACAUUGCCGGUGUGAAGAAUAAUUCGAAGGUGCUGCUUCUGGAAGCCCGAAAGGAGAGUAAGGUUGAGGAGGUAAAUCAAAGCAAUGAGAUGCCAGUCGGUGCUGGAGAAGUUGGAGUCAACAGCAAAAAGAUGCCAAACAGUGGUGGAGAUGUUGGAGGCAAAAGCAAUGUCAUGUCAAAAGCUUCUCAAGCGAUUGCUGAAGUCAGAGCCGAGGUUGAUAAGCUCGCGGAGAGGGUUACUGCCUUGGAAGUGGCUGUGGCUGGCAGGAACGAGGUUUCCGAUAAAGAAUUUGUUGUGCCAACAGAGUUGCUCAUGAGGCAGUUGCUGAAAUUGGACGGCAUUCAAGCUGAAGGAGAAGAAAAAAUGCAACGCAAGGCAGAGGUGCGACGUGUCCAGAACUUUGUGGAUGCAUUGGAUGCUCUAAAGGUGAGGAACAGCAAUCCAGUUAACAACAGUAGCAAUGCUGUCACAGUAACAACCGAGUGGGAGACCUUUGACUCUGGAGUUGGAUCCCUGAAUCCCCCAACGUCAACGCCAGAGCCAUCUUCAACAGAACCAAAUCAGGAAUGGGAACACUUCGAUUAGCCAAAGUUCUAUCUACUUUUCUGGGUUUUAGGAUUCAGAGUGGGACAUAGGAUACUCUAGCAUGUAAAGUAGCUAUUUUUGGGUACUGGUACCCACGUUAACAGUUCAAGGGUUUGUAUGACAACCUUAAAUCACUGUAAAGGAAACUACCAUCUGCUCAGAUCAAAUGGAAUUGGUAUACUUUGGAUUCA